CAGCAGCCUCUGCCAGAUGAUGGAACUGCAUCAGCUUUAGAGCAUCUCUGUCUGAGCUUGGGCUUUCUGCUACAGGACCAGGGAACACAUUCUUAGUCUACAGCCAUAUAAAGCAUGGGGGAACCGCAGCAUCCCACUGUGCGAGGCUUUCCACUCCGAAUGGCAGUUUAUUCUUGCCAGCCCCUGUCCUGAAGCAUCCCUUCCCCCUAGAUCCCCUGGGGCGGGGGGAGCUACUCUAACUGCAGCUGGAGGCUACUGACUGGAAGGGGAGCAUUGAUCCCCUCUGGAAUUGGAAGAUUCCUGGAUUUGAGUUUUUCAGAAGUUGCUCCCACUUAUCACAUGGCAGAAAAAAAUCCUCCCCCAAUACAAGCCUCUGGCAUUGCUGAGGAUGGAUCUUGCCAGAACCAACAAGAAACAACUCUGCUUGCCACUCACCUGAAGAAAGUGGAAAACCAUAUCACUGACGCACGGCGCUUCUGUCAUCUCCCCAAACGUUCUGCUGUUGAUAUUGAAUUCAAAGACAUUUCUUACUCUGUGAGAGAAGGGCCAUGUUGGAGAAAGAGAGGAUAUAAGACUCUCUUGAAAUGUUUAUCCGGAAUGUUCUGCAGUCGAGAACUUAUUGGAAUUAUGGGACCAUCGGGAGCUGGAAAAUCUACCUUAAUGAAUAUUCUCGCUGGGUACAGGGAGAGCGGAAUGACAGGCCAAAUUCUAGUGAAUGGGAAGCAACGGGAACUACGAACAUUCCGGAAGAUGUCAUGUUAUAUUAUGCAGGAUGAUAUGCUUCAUCCCCACCUCACUGUCAAAGAGGCAAUGAUGGUUUCCACUAAUCUGAAACUCAAUGAGAAGAUGGAAGUAAAGAAAAAGUUGGUGAAUGAGAUUCUGACUGCAUUGGGUCUACUGGAUUGUUCUGGAACUCGCACUUUGUCUCUAUCUGGGGGCCAGCGCAAGCGUUUGGCUAUAGCGCUGGAACUUGUCAAUAAUCCACCAGUCAUGUUCUUUGAUGAACCCACUAGUGGUUUGGACAGUGCAUCCUGUUUCCAGGUGGUCUCUCUGCUGAAUUCUUUGGCACAGGGGGGGCGCACCAUUAUCUGCACCAUACACCAACCUAGCGCCAGACUCUUUGAGAUGUUCAAUAAGCUGUAUAUCCUCAGUCAAGGGCAGUGUAUAUACAGAGGGUCUGUAACUCACCUCAUUCCAUACCUGAAGGGUUUGGGACUGCACUGCCCAACCUACCACAAUCCUGCUGACUUCAUUAUUGAGCUGGCAUCAGGGGAAUAUGGAGACUUAAACCCUGUGUUAUUCCGGGCUGUAGAAGAUGGCUUAUGUCCAAUCACUCGAGACAAGAGUCAGCAAACCAAGCUAGAUCAGGAGCACUUUCCUAAUGAUGUCUCUGUACAUGUAGAGAGUCACACUUUUGCCACCAGCUCCCUAAACCAAUUUCGCAUCCUUUUCAAACGCACCUUCCUCUCUAUUCUGAGAGAUACGGUCCUGACUCAUCUGCGUUUCAUGUCUCACCUAUGUAUUGGGGUUUUGAUCGGGCUGCUGUACCUGCACAUUGGAGAUGAUGCCAGCAAAGUGUUCAAUAACACAGGCUUCCUGUUCUUCUCCAUGCUCUUUCUUAUGUUUGCAGCCCUCAUGCCUACUGUGCUGACUUUUCCCCUGGAGAUGUCUGUCUUUCUACGAGAGCAUCUGAAUUAUUGGUACAGCUUGAAGGCCUAUUAUCUGGCCAAGACCAUGGCAGAUGUUCCCUUUCAGAUUAUCUGCCCCGUGGCAUACUGUAGCAUUGUAUACUGGAUGACCAGUCAACCUCCUGAAGUUUCACGUUUCCUACUCUUCUCAGCUUUGGCAACUUCUACUGCCCUCGUGGCACAGUCAUUAGGCCUUCUCAUUGGUGUAGCAUCAAAUUCUUUGCAGGUUGCAACCUUCGUGGGACCAGUUACUGCAAUUCCAGUAUUGCUAUUCUCAGGCUUCUUUGUCAGCUUUAAAACUAUCCCAACAUACCUACAAUGGAGCUCCUACAUCUCAUAUGUCAGGUAUGGAUUUGAAGGAGUCAUCUUGGCAAUCUAUGGCAUGGAUCGUGCCCCUCUGCAAUGUCGUGAGUUAUCCUGCACUUUUCAGCUACCUCAACAGGUCCUGCAAGAGUUAGAUGUUGAGGAUGCCAAGCUAUAUGUGGACUUCUUAGUUUUGGGAGGCUUCUUUCUUGGACUUCGUCUCCUUGCUUAUCUAGUAUUACGCUAUAGGGUUAAAUCUGAGAGGUAAACAAUGGAAGAGGAAAACCUCACAAAUGAAUGAGUUUCCAAAAGUUUUCAUGGUCAGGUACAUCCAAAAUAUGGAUUAUAAAAUGUGCUGAUAGCAAAAACUCUCACAAUACAUUUACCAAUGCAUAGCUGGACAAAAGCCUCAUCCUCUUCUGGUCCUUUUUUUCUCUUGCUCCAUUGCCUCUACUUCUUCUAUCAGUGUCUUAAAUUUGCACAGAUACCACUUUUGCACAUAAUUUCUAUGUCUUUUUUGCUUCCACUUUUUUAUUAUUGCCAUUGUAUUCAUAUGUAUAUGAAUAGUAUUAUUUCCUGACUGUUAGUUGUGUUCUGUUUCUUCCUCCUCAACAGACAGGAAACUGAUUAUUUCAACAGUAUAAGCAAUCUGAAAACUAUUACUCCUUUAAGUCUUAUUCUGACAAUUUUUUGAAGAUCAUUGUUGAUGCACCAAGGAGGUUAAAAACAUUGUCCUCUCUCCAGAAUGGUUCUUCUAUUGGCUGUGCACUAAGAACAAUAAACUGCAUUCCACAGACACAGCCUUCUCUUGACCAGUCCUGCUAUGGCCAGUCGGUAUCUCUUAUCUUCCUCACUGGUUCAGGCUUCUCCAGAUGUAAACGUAUAUAUUCAUCUGCUGCUAAAAUAUUAUAGUCCUUCCCUGGAAUUUCUGUAGUAUUACCUAAGAAAAAAGUAGCACGUCGUCUGUUAUCCCUAUCCAUUGUAAAUGUAUGUGAAUUUGUUGGCUGAAUUAUUCUUGUUCAAAAAGAAAGUGGCCAUAUUUUAGUCUUGAAAAUUUGCCUGAAGUUUGAACUGCAUAUUGAAACCACAUGGCUGUCAUUUUGUUUUAGCAGAUGUGUGUUUAUGUCUUUUCUGUUGACUUAUUCUGAGUACUGCAAUUUUAUGGCUGUUAGAACCUUUCAACAUAAGUGGUAUCAUACAAAGAAAACACAUUCAUAGACAAUAUAUACAAGAUAUCAGUAUUACUUUUUUUGCUAGUGCACUGUGGUCAAUAUGAAGGAUCUGGGCAUUAAACAUGGCCAGAAAAUUGCAGAGAUUAAUCGCCAAGGAUAUAAUAUACUUGAGAUCAAAUGCUGGAGCAUUUCCUUCUUAAUACCCACAAGGUACAUUAUUCAAAUCACAUCCCAUGGAUGUGUUGGUAUAACAACUGUUAUUUCUCAGGCCUUAUUCCUAUAUGUAGGCCUAAAGAAUGUGAUGUUCAUUUGCCCACCUUCACUGCUUACUAGGCAAUUAUCAUACUACACUGUAUCAAUAAGAUCGUCUUGUGACUUUAAUAAAAUUCUACCUACAUACAUUACAUUGAAAAAUCAGCCUCCUUCAUCCAACAUUUUGCCAUAUUUGCAUUUUUAUUUAAAGGAACAGUUUGCCCUAAAAUUAACUUUUAACUUGAAGUCAAGGCGAUGUGUGUGUAUUGACUUUAUAAAGCCUCACUAAUUAAAUUUUUGAUAAAUAAGACCAUUAAUAUUAACAAGGUUACCUCAUAAUUUACAUGAUUAUAGAGCAAUAUAAAGUACAUGCUGCAAUAUGUGAGCAUAUAUAUAGGAAACAAUGCUGCUAAAAUGUCUUCCUUAAAAUAAUUUCUACUUCACUUAGCAUAACUGCUUGUUUUCACCCCAAUAAUGCAUGCAUAGUUAAUGCAAUUUCUGUUUCACAGAUAUUUGCAAUAUUAUUGCAACAUUACAUUACAUAGCAUUUUGAUUUGCUUUUAAAACUGACUCAGCUAAAGCAUCUUUAAAGGGUAAGGCAUUUUUUAGUAGCAGUAUGCACAAAAUGUCGCUGUCUUAAAUAUAUUGAUAAUGGGUUGAGUGCAGAGGACUCUUGUAUUCAGCUAAAGCAUCUGACACAUACUCCUCCUAAAAAUGAAUUGUCUGCUGCUUCUCCAAGAUGUGUGCAUAUAUAUAUCUCUGCUGUCUAUCUGUAAAAUAAAGCAUGUUCCUACAGAGUAGAAACUGUGUACCUAAAAAACAGAUUUUAUAGUGUUUUUGUGAGCACAUAGGUAUUCAGUGGGUUCAUGGAUUUCUUACUGAAUGAGAGUCUUGAUUUACAGCAAGCACAGAGCAUGACAAUCACUGUACUCACAUUCUAAGGUGCCCUUUACUGUUUAUUUAUUUGUCUAAAUACUAUUUUAUAUCAGACAUGAUCACAUAAUGCCAUGCAUGUAAGCUUGUAGAUUACUUCAUGUAUGUGCUCUAAAGACUACUUUGCCUAUAAGAAUAUACUUAAUGCAUGGUUGUUUCAGCACAGGAUAAUCCAUCAUGCACUUAUUCAAUAUUUUGUGUUUUUGUAUUAAACACAUCAAGGCCUGAAACAAGUCAUCAUAUGCAAACAAUGCCUAGGGGUUUCUUCGUUUCAUACUAUAGAGAAGAAACAUCAUUAACAGUUUCAUGUACAAUAUUAUAGGACACUGUAUAUUUUUAUGGAAUCUGGUAUUGCUAAUCUGCUUUGUUAGUUAUAAAGGGAGCCAUUUAUUUUAUUUAUUCAUUGCUGUAACAAUAUUUUAAUAAAAACAUAUGCUUCAUAAGACCCUUUUAAUUUUAA